GUUGCAAGGCUCAUCUAUUAUAGUCCAUGAUCUGACUAUUAAUAUAUGAACUAUCAAUAUCUGAUGAACUUGGCGUAAACAACUGAGCUAAAAUGAAAGGGUUAUGGAUAUUUGUCAUUGUUAAUAUUUUGGCAAUUUCAAAAGGCAGGAAAAAUGUUUUAUUCAUUGUGAUGGAUGAUUUAAGACCACAGCUUGGAGCAUAUAAUGGGCCAUAUUUCCCAGGAUCGGGUCAGUCACAGAUGCAUACCCCGAACAUCGAUGGCCUCGCCUCCAAAAGUCUGCUUCUAAAAAGGGCCUACGUUCAGCAAGCACUUUGUUCACCAAGUAGAGCAUCAUUUAUGACUGGUAGACGGCCAGAUACCACACACGUGUAUGAUCUACACACAUACUUCAGAAGCGUCGGGGGUAAUUUUACAACGAUUCCACAAUAUUUCAAAUCGAAAGGUUAUGAAACUGCUGGAAUGGGAAAAAUUUAUCAUCCAGGUGUCGCUUCUAACAAUAACGAUCCUUUAUCAUGGAGUAUGCCAUAUUUGAGAGGAGAUCAUAAUUGGGAGGAUAAAAAUCAUAGUUGGAAAGGCAUUCCAGAUUCAUUGUUAAAAGACAAACCUUUAGUAGAUAAACAGAUAGCUGAUUAUGCGAUCUCGACCUUGCAGCAUCUCGCACCGGCCGCCAAAUCCGGUCAUAAACCAUUUUUCUUAGCUGUAGGAUUUUAUAGACCACAUUUACCAUUUGUUUUCCCUCAAUCUUUUAUUCAUAAUUACCCAUGGAGUGACGUCCAUGUGCCGGAUAAUCAGUUUGCUCCAAGAUCAAUGCCAACAAUUGCUUGGACUCAUUCUAAUGAAUUGUGGAGUUAUCAAGACAUAAAGGAUACGAAUUUCACUGGUGACAUCAAUACAACUCUUCCACACGCUACGGUUAUAAAUCUUCGUCGUGCUUACUAUACAUCUGUUAGUUGGGUAGAUUCUUUAAUAGGUAAUGUGUUAGCCGAGCUUUCUAGACUAGGACUCGACAGCAAUACUGUAGUGUCAUUUGUUGGGGAUCAUGGAUGGAAACUAGGUGAGCAUGGAGCUUGGGCAAAACACACGAACUUCAACGUAGAUACGCAUGCUCCAAUGAUGGUAAAGAUACCUGGCAUGACUGAUAAAGGUAUUGUGAGUGAAAAACUAACAGAAUUUGUUGAUUUAUUUCCGACUUUAGUUGAAGCCGCUGGAGUGAGUCCAGUUCCAUUGUGUCCAGAAAACUCUGCCACUGUUUCCGUAUGCCACGAGGGACAAAGUCUCAUUCCACUUAUCAAAAAUCCAAAUAUUGCAUGGAAAAAUGCAUCGUUUUCUCAAUACCCGCGUAGGCAUAGUCACCACGAUAUUAUGGGAUAUACAAUUACUACUGAACGUUAUAGAUACACAGAAUGGGUUAGAUUCAAUAAACCUACUUAUAAACCCGACUGGAAUACUGUUGUUAACUCUGAACUAUACGAUCAUCAGGUAGACCCCAAUGAAAACAUCAACAAAGUCCAUUAUCAUAGUCAAUCUAACAUCAAAAUGCAAUUGAGUCAACAGCUUCGUGCUGGAUGGAGAGAUACACUUCCAAGCAGUGCAAUAUCACAUGGAUUUGGACGUUGAAACUCGUGCUUUAUAUAUAUCGGGCAAAAAUAUUUAUAAAUA